AUGGACCGAGGCGCAAUGAUCGGCCUGCUGCUGGCACUGACUUUGCGAUGGAUCGUCUCGCUGCAUCCGCAUUCAGGUCAGGGCAAGCCGCCGAUGUUUGGCGAUUUUGAGGCGCAACGGCACUGGAUGGAGAUCACCGUCAACCUGCCGGCCGCCCAGUGGUACGAGAACAGUACGAAGAAUGACCUCCUCUACUGGGGACUGGACUACCCGCCACUCACUGCCUACCACAGCUAUCUUCUCGGAAAAGUAGCACGUUCCAUCAACCCGGAAUGGGUUGCACUGAAUGACUCUCGUGGCUACGAGAGUUAUCAUCACAAGAUUUUUAUGCGCUCAACCGUUUUUGCGACUGACCUGUUGAUUUACAUUAGCGCCCUUUUCGCCCUGUGGCUCACUGAUUCGGGCAUCUUACAGUCAUCGACUUUGUUUCUCAGUUUACUUUCUCCCGCUCUCAUUUUAAUCGACUAUGGUCAUUUUCAAUACAACACCGUGUCAUUGGGAUUGCUCCUCUGGGCGGUUGUCCUGCUCAUCAAAGAAUGCGACAUUUCAGCUGCUGUUCUCUUCUGUCUGGCGCUGAACUACAAGCAAAUGUCCCUGUACUACGCACUGCCCAUGUUCUUCUAUCUCCUCGGCCGGUGCCUGGCCGGAAGGAAUCUGCUUUUAAAAUUGACGAAAUUCACAGCUUUAGGAGUCUCUGUCCUGCUCACUUUUGGACUUCUCUGGCUGCCUUAUUUAUCGAGCUCCGCUUCUGCGCUUCAAGUCGUUAGGCGAAUUUUUCCACUGAAUCGAGGCAUAUACGAAGACAAGGUCGCUAACUUCUGGUACUGCAUCUCCAUUCUGAUCAAAGUCAAGAACAUUUUCACCGAAAGUCAACUGGCAUACCUCUGCGUCGUCUUGACUCUUUCUGUCUCCUUACCAGUCUGUUGGAUGCUACUCCGUAAAAACAGUAUUCUAAUGCUCAAUUACUCUUUGGUCAACGUGGCAUUAGCCUUUUUCAUGUUCUCCUUUCAUGUACAUGAGAAGACCAUACUUUUUGUUACCAGCGCUCUCAUUUUGCUGUCUAGAGCAGAGCCUUUUGCAGUUUUUUGGUUUGAGCUUAUAGCUACUUUCAGCCUUCAACCCCUCCUGAUCAAAGAUGGAUUAAUGAUACCUUACUUCUCGCUAAUGGUAAUCUACAUUGUCAUCGGACACAACACAAUGAAAAACAACAGCGUUUCGACAAACUGGAUUGUCGACCACCAGAGCUACUCGAACAGUGAUGUCUUCUCACAACGGUACAUCAUCUCGACGCAGUACUGGAAGCCGAACGGCCCGAUCUGGUUUUACGCCGGAAAUGAGGGCGACAUCUUCUCAUUUGCGAACAACACCGGCUUCAUGUGGGAGAAUGCGCCCAAGUUCAAUGCGAUGGUAAUCUUCAUGGAACAUCGUUACUAUGGACAGACAAUGCCGUACGGAAACAAUUCAUUCUCCGGUCUGGCCAAUCUAGGCUACCUCACUGUGGAGCAGGCUCUCGCUGAUUACGCCCAGUUUCUGACUGACUUCAAGCUGCAAACCGAAGGAGCCGCCCAGAGUCCAGUAGUGGUCUUUGGCGGAAGUUAUGGAGGAAUGUUAGCUUCCUGGUUCAGAAUGAAGUACCCGCAUGUUGUUAUUGG